UGGGCCCAGACCGCUUUCCUGAGGAGUGAGCUCCCUGGCGGCUGCAGAGAGCUCAGGGCAGGCUCAGGCAGCUCUAAGGCGGCCCGGAGGUGAUAAAACUUGAGAAAUAACUAGGAGGGGCCACCCAGCGUCUGCUUGGUCCAAUCCAGUUUCAGGCGAGAACAGGCUCCUGGGCAAAGACGCUUGAGAGAGACCAGAAGGACUUCUAGACAAGCUGCUGCGGAAAAGACCUCUGUGCCCUGGCUCCCAGAGUCCCCGCUUGGCGUCCUCCUGAGGCUGCACCGAGCAAUGGCGGUCCCUGGGCUCCGAAGCCUGCCUUACAGGGCUCCAGGCACACAGCUGCUGCUGACCCUCUGGGUCUUCAGUUUUGUUGGUGAAGCUUGUAAAAAGGUGACGUUUCAUGUACCGGCAACACUAGAGGCAGACCAGAUAAUCGGAAGAGUUAAUUUGAAAGAGUGCCUCCGCUCUGCUGACAGCAUCAGGCCAAGCGAUUCUGAUUUCAGAGUUCUAGAUGAUGGGUCAGUGUAUCCAGCCAGAGCCGUUGUGCUGUCUGAUGAGAAAAGAUCAUUUACCAUUCAGCUUUCUGACUCAAAGGCACAGACACAGAAAGAAAUCGCUGUAAUCCUGGAACACAAGAAGAAGGCACUGAAGAAGAAGCGACACACUAAGGAAACUGUGCUCAGGAGAGCCAAGAGAAGAUGGGCACCCAUUCCUUGUUCCAUGCAAGAGAACUCUUUGGGUCCCUUCCCGUUGUUUCUUCAACAGGUUCAGUCUGAUGCAGCUCAGAACUACACCGUCUUAUACUCAAUAAGUGGACGUGGAGUUGACCAAGAACCACUGAAUUUGUUUUUCAUAGAGAGAGACACUGGGAAUCUGUAUUGUACCAAGCCUGUGGAUCGAGAAGAAUAUGAUGUUUUUGAUUUGAUUGCCUAUGCAUCCACUGCAGAUGGGUAUUCAGCAGAUUUACCCCUCCCACUGCCCAUCAAAGUGGAGGAUGAAAAUGACAACUACCCUAUUUUUACAGAAACAGUUUAUAACUUCGAAGUUCCAGAAAGCAGCAGACUUGGUACUGUAGUGGGAACGGUCUGUGCCACGGAUAGAGAUGAACCUGACACGAUGCAUACACGCCUCAAGUACAGCAUCAUGGAGCAGAGCCCAUCGUCACCUGGGCUCUUUUCUGUGCACCCUGACACUGGCGUCAUCACCACCGUCUCUCACUACAUGGACAGAGAGGUUGUAGACAAAUACAAACUGAUAAUGAAAGUCCAAGAUAUGAAUGGCCAAUUUUUUGGACUGAUCAGCACAUCGACUUGUAUCAUCACAGUGCAAGACUCUAACGACAACGCGCCCACGUUCAGACAAAGUGCAUAUGAAACUUCUGUGGAGGAAAAUACAUAUAAUGUUGAUAUUUUGCGCAUACCUGUAGAUGAUAAGGACUUGAGUAAUAGUCCCAACUGGAAGGCAAAUUUCACCAUCUUAAAAGGAAAUGAAAAUGGGCACUUCAAAAUCACUACAGACCCAGCCACUAACGAGGGUGUUCUCUGUGUUGUGCAGCCACUAGAUUAUGAAGAAAACCGCCAAGUGACCCUAGAGAUUGGCGUGAACAACGAAGCUCCGUUAAUCAGAGAUUUUUCAAGCAGGACGCCCACCAUGAACCGGGCCAUGAUUACAGUUCAUGUGGUGAAUCAGGACGAGGGUCCAGAAUGCAGCCCCCCUCAGCAAUAUGUGCGGAUCAAAGAAAACUCAGCAAUCGGGUCCAAGGUCAACGGCUAUAAGGCCUAUGACCCUGAAACCAAGAAUAGCAAUGGCUUAAGGUACAAAAAAUUGAAGGAUCCUAAUGACUGGAUCAACAUUGAAGAAGUUUCAGGGUUGCUCACCAUAACAAAAGCCUUAGACAGAGAAGCCAUGGCUCCACGCAAUGACCUAUACAACGUUACAGUCAUGGCAAUAGACCAAGAGGGUAAAUCAUGCAUAGGAACACUUACAGUAAACAUCGAGGACAUAAAUGACAAUGCACCAGAAAUCAUCCAAGACAAUCUUGUCAUCUGCAAGCCAAAGAUGGGGUAUAUGGACAUUUCAGCUGUGGAUCCUGAUGAACUUGUCAAUGGCCCUCCCUUUCAAUUCAAGUUGGAAAACGCGUCUCUGGAAGUCAACAGAAUCUGGACCCUCAGUCCAGUUAAUGACACAGCUGCCCGCCUAUCCUAUCGGAAAAAUGCUGAAGUUCAAGAAUACAUUAUUCCUGUUACUGUAAAAGACAGAGCAGGGAAAUCUGCAACCAAACACUUGAGAGUCAAUCUGUGUGACUGUAAUCACCCCAGCGAAUGCAUGGUCAGAUCGAGGAGGGCGGCGGUCGCCCUGGGGAAGUGGGCCAUCCUUGCCAUCUUGCUGGGCAUCGCGCUUCUCUUUUCGGUACUGCUAACUUUAGUAUGUGGAAUUGUUACUUCCCAAAAAGGAAAACAUUUUCCUGAAGAUUUAGCACAACAAAACUUAAUUAUAUCAAAUACGGAAGCACCUGGGGAUGACAGGGUGUGUUCUGCCAAUGGAUUCACUACCCAGACAGCCAACAACUCCAGCCAGGGCUUCUGUGGCACAAUGGGAUCGGGGAUGAGAAAUGGUGGCCAGGAGACCAUAGAGAUGAUGAAAGGACACCAGACCCUAGACUCCUGCCGUGUGGCUGGGAACCACCACACCCUGGACUCCUGCAGGGGAGGACACAUGGAGACAGACAACUGCAGAUACACGUACUCAGAGUGGUACAAUUUCACUCAGCCCCGACUUGGUGAAAAAUUGCAUGUUUGUAAUCAGAACGAAGACCACAUCCCAUCUCAAGAUUACGUCCUCACCUACAACUACGAAGGCAGGGGGUCUCCAGCGGGCUCUGUAGGCUGCUGCAGCGGAAAGCAGGAGGAAGAGGCACUCGACUUUUUAAACAACUUGGAACCCAAAUUCCUUACAUUGGCAGAGACAUGCACAAAGAGAUAAUUCCACUGGGCUACAAUUAGACAUGGCCUUAGCAGACAUUCUAGAAGUCUGAAACAAUGAUACUGUAAAACCGAGUCAUUACUGAAACCAAUGGUCUUGAGUUAUUCUGGCUUGACUUGCGAUACGCUGAUUUUAGUCUAGUGCGAAAUUGACCCAUUAUGCGGAGAAACUGUUCCGGGCUGGCUGUGUGCUGUUUGUGACUCUCCUGUGAUGCUGGGCAGGGAAGUAAGCUGCAACUC